ACCCAGUCUAUGCACAAACCAUCACCAAAAGUGAAAAGCCGGGCGCAUCAAAAGCCAUGCUUUUUGAUUUACGACGGUUUUGGAACGCACGAAACGCUCGAAAUUCUAGAGUAUUACUUUGAAAAUAAUAUCCGUCUAUAUUAUGCCACUUCCCCGCUAGGUGAGCGAGAUCAAGGCCUUUGCGGGGAUCUGCGGGGUUCGUGUUCACGGCGUCCACCUCGGCCAGAGUUCCUCUCUGAAUAUCAUGCUGCAUCCGAUGAGAACCACUGAUCUUUGGGCACCAUGUUCUGUCACAAUUGUGGCCGCAUUCUCUCCACGAAGUCCAUCACAAAAUGGCCUCCAAAGUCAUCACUGGCAUCAAAACCGCGGCUGAAGAGCCUCUCCUGACAGGCGCGCUUCUAUACGCGCUUACUCGAGGUCCGGACAAUGUUCGCGCACGCCUUUUAGCGCCUUUCCAGAACAAUGUCUUCGCAAAGAAUGGGGCAGCAAGAUUAGCUGCUUUUAUCACGGUACUGAAGAUCUUGACAGGUGUCAAUGUGCUGAAGCGGGUCAAUCGAGUUCUGAACAGCUUAGCUUGGAACAACUGGAGCCUUGGAAGAAGGCCUGGUGCCGCAUUCAAGUUCGGACCGAACAAGGAAGAGCUAGUGAUCAUCACGGGUGGAAGCUCAGGUUUUGGAUAUGAGAUGGUCAAGGCCUUCUCGAAGCUGGCUAGAGUUGUGGUGCUCGACAUACAAGAUUUCCCACUCGAGCUUGCCUCAUUGCCUGAUGUUCACUUUUACAAAUGCGACAUCACCGAUACGCCAAUAGUUGAAUCGCGGUGCAAAGAGAUUCGCGAAACGCAUGGAGAAGCGACCGUUCUAGUCAAUAAUGCUGGCAUAGGCAUUGGCAAGACUGUGCUCGAGACAAGUAAUUCCGAGUGCGAGAGGCUGUUCAAAGUAAACCUGAUCUCGCACUUCGUUCUUAUCCGCGAAUUCUUGCCAGGCAUGCUUAAGAAAAGAAAGGGUCAUAUCGUGACUAUUGCUUCCAUGGCCUCCUUUGUAGCGGCUCCUGGAUUGCUCGAUUACUGCUGCUCAAAGGUUGCAGCGCUAUAUGUAUCGGAAGGUAUACGGAACGAGUGCCUCUCGCGCUACGCUGGUGGUGAAGGCAUUUGCACCACAUCUGUUCAUCCUUCCUGGCAUGCGACUGCCAUCAUUAAGGGUGCGGAAAAGACAUUGAACAAAUACGGUAUCCAUCCAGAUCCUCCAAGUAAUGUGGGUGAUGUGGUCGUUGAGCAGGUCCUCAAAGGUCGAAGUGGGAGGCUUGUUGUUCCAAAAAGCGAGGAAGGUAAGACUGGGCUUCGCAACUGGCCGCGGUGGGUUCAGGAUCUUCUGUUUGGGAAUGUUUUUCGGAGCAAAGAUCGAUUUGAGUUUGGAAAAGAGGAUACGAAAUUGAUUGCUUAAUGUGAGAGGGCAUUUGCA